AUGACGAACGCCAAGUCGUUGAACUCCCCCGUUCCCCAUCUUCUGCACUCAAACAAGUCCCCGUCAAAAGCGGAGGCUGCGCUCGUUCACACUACGAUUGCUGACGCCGAGCAGCAACUCCUCAGGAUGCGAGGAGCCUUUCAAGCAGCAGGCGCACGACGAUCAAAAAUGCGGAAACGACUGGAACAAAAGGCCACUUUUGUCGAGCAACACAAGGCUAUUCUCUCCCCCGUUCGUUGUAUUCCCAUGGAAGUCCUAGAGCAGAUUUUCUUCUGGGUCGCCGACGAUCUGGAUCCUAUCCCUCUCCUCCCCAGCGCCGUGCCUUGGAUGCUCGGCCACAUAUGCCGUUGGUGGAGGGCGUGCGCGUUAGGGAUACCCAAACUGUGGAUUAAUCUGCCAGCGAUCAAGAUAAAAUCCAAGCGAAGAACGGAUGACUACAGAACAGCGCUCCAGGUCGGCGCACUCUGGGAGCAGCUCAAGCGCUCAAAUCCUCUGCCCAUCAGAUUUAUCCUCAUUAUCAGCCCCUCCAAUGACGGACUUCAAGAGCUACGACACCCUCUAAUUGACGUCUUGACUGAUCAGGCGGAACGAUGGCAGGACGUUGAGAUUUGGGGCGAGUUUCACUCACUGACCGCCUUAGAGGACGUUCGGGGCAGGCUCCAGGGUCUCAAGGCGUUGACGCUUGACCUCGAGCCUUCACUAGAUUGCAGAAAACUCGAUAUAUUCGCGGAGGCACCCCAGCUUCAGCAUGUCGAGUGCCGUGGAGCGUUUGUCGGGAAGAUACUUUGGCCCUCAAAUCAGUUGCGUUCCUAUGAAGACAGCACGACAAAUCUUACCGUCACAGGCGCCUACGAAAUGCUCCGGAAAGCCUCGUCUCUCAAAAGGCUCGAAAUCUAUGAUCUGGCUAAUCCAACAGUCCCCACUUCGACACUGUCUUCCCUCACCGUACUCCAAGUCAGAUUCACUUGCAUCCGUCCGGCCGAAUUUUUGAACAAUUUAACACUCCCAGCUCUCGAAGACCUCGACCUCGACUGGUCAGAGUGUAAAGACCAUGAUGGGACCAUGUUUUUCGCUCUGCGCGCCAUCUUAUCAAGGUCAGAAGUGCCUUCCUGCCUCAAAUCUCUUCGCUUGCGAGCAGGCGAGAUGGUCGACGGCGCACUUUCCCCCGUCCUCCAGCUUACGCCUUCCUUGGAAACGUUGGAUGUUACUAUGCCCUUUGGCAAUGAUGUCGAGCUACUGGCCCAUCUUGAGCAUAGAAAACCUGUCCUUGUUCCUCGACUGAAAUCUCUCGAAUUCUUCAUCCCCAAGGAUAUACCGAGGGAUCUAGUUCCCAUCCCAAAAAUCAAGCAGCUCAUCGAGAACCGCUGCAGCGAUUGGGAUGGUAUUCUCAGCAACUACGUCCACCUGGAGUACUUGCUCAUUCGCUGUGUCGACCGUCAGCACGCGAUCUCGUGGCAAGUGAUACUUGAGGGGUGGGUCUCAGACAGUCCCGGUGACGCCACCAUGUGGUUCAUUUUGAAUAACAACCUCGCCAGGGCGUUGCCUCCCGAGCUUGCAGAAGGAGAGAAUUCGCGUCGAGGAUACCACCAGAGGGAGAUUGUUGACGAAAAUAUACUCGAUGCUAUGGAGUCAAUCAAGAUAAAGACAAAGGAUAUACAGAACGUCUAUGUGAGGUUUUCGAUUUUCUGCGGGAUCGCUGGAUCACUGACUUCGCCGCAAGGGUUCCUCGAUCCACCACACUCUCUAUAG